AUGGCCCUGAAUAACUCAGGGAAGGAGGUUCUGAUCGCUCAUCAGCAGAUGUUCCAGGUGCAACUGACCGCUGAGGGACCGCUGACCAAACUGGUGGUGGCUAUCUUCAUGUCCAGUCUCUUCAUCUACAUCAACACGGUCAUGUUCAUGGCACUGUUGAGCAAGCCUGUGUUCAGAGAGACCCCUCGCUACGUCCUCUUUUCCCACAUGCUCUGUAACGACUCCAUCCAGCUGCUCUUCUCCUCUCUGAUGUACAUCAUUUCCUUGUGUUAUGUCCAGCUGGCUAAAGCCGUGUGCUCCAUUCUAAUACUGGUCACGGCCUCAACCUCACGAAAUGCGCCCAUAAAUCUGGCCGUGAUGUCACUGGAGCGCUACGUGGCUAUUUGCUUUCCCCUGCGUCACAGUGAGAUUGCCACCAAGACGAGAACCGGCCUGGUUAUCUCGGUCAUUUGGUUCUUCGGGGCAGUAAACCCGGUCGUAGACAUUCUCUAUACCUCAGCCACUGACCCCACAUUCUUCAGCGAGCGCAUGUUCUGCACAAGGGAGAGAAUAUUCAUUGCACCAUGGCAACGGGAACUGUUUGAGGGCCUCAACGCCUUCUAUUUUGUUGCUGUGACGCUGAUCAUUGUCUUCACCUACAUCAGUGUGAUGCUUGCGGCUCGUUCUGUCUCCAGUGAUAAAGAGUCGGCUAAGAGAGCACACAAGACGCUCCUGUUGCACCUCAUACAGCUGGGCCUGUGCCUGAACACGCUGGUGUUCGGCAGCAUAGAGAGAGCCCUGGCUAUGACCAGCAGCAGUCGUCUAUUCAUGGACCUGCGCUACGUGAACUUUCUCUUUGUUCUCAUUCUGCCUCGGUGCCUGAGCCCCCUGAUCUACGGCCUGAGAGACGACACUGUCAGGCCCCUAUUUCUGUUCUAUUUACAGUGUGGCACACGUAAAGUCAAGCCUAAUGUCAAUAUACAGUGA